AAACAAAACCCCUUUUGUAGCAUUGUGUUAUUAAAGUAACAUUCUAAAACUAAAUAUUAUCUAUAUAUUUAGAUUUUUAAGCGAUGUCCCCCUUCCCUUUCCCGAUCAGUUUUCCGGCCACCAAACCGGCGAAGCUAGGCGGCGAUCAACUCCCUGGAUGCCGGCGACCUCAGUUCCGACCUCCCUUUCGCCGGAUGGAGCUUGACUAAGAUGAAUCGACGCGUUCUCUCUCUCUCUCAUGUGGCGCCGCUAGCCCCCUCCGACUCGCUUUUCCGACAUCCGGCGAGUCCCAAUCGGCAAGACUGGUAUCGGGAUGCUCCUCUCGUCGCUGACUCUUGCCUCCUCACCGAACAUACCUCCAUUAGCGCAAAACGAAGCUGUGUGGAUUAGACAGCUUCCCUUCUUCGAUUUUCCGAUAAGCCAAACUCUUUUUGAUGGUUUCUUUCACUAAGGUGUAACUUUCCGAUGAUUCAAGGAUAUUAGUAUUUUAGCUAAAAUGGUACUUUGGGAUUAUAAAAUUUGUAGUUCUUAGCUUGCAAGAAUACAAUCUGGGUGUUAAUACCUAAUGUCUUCAGCAGCAUACUCAUUGAAAUCAGCUUUAAUCAGUGUUGUUGCUUCAUGUGAAAAGUCUCUCUUUAAAGUGCAUUAUUCAGCUGUCUCUGCAUGUAUGUUAGAAGACCAUGUGUUUGAUUCUAGUGCUGUGGAUAAAGGUAAGAUAGUUGGGGAAGCAUUGAGAUGUUGUAAUCCUAAAGAACAUGGGAAAUCAAAGAUAGGUCGUAAUACAAGAAAGAGUGGAUUGUUUCCAAUUGUUGCGACAAUAUUUAAGACCUUGAAUUGGGAACUUGCGACGGACAAACGAUUCUUUAGAAUAGUUAGCGACCACGGGUUGUCUCAUUCAAUUAAUGCCUUUAGAGUCAUUGUUCAUGCAUUUGCAUCAGCAGGCUUGCAGAUGGAAGUGCACUUCUUGAUUAGAGAAAUCAUUUCUUAUUACAAGAAAGUUAAUUUGGAUGUUCCAGAUUUGUUUUCAACUUUAUUGGAUUUGCCAGUGACCACGUCGGGAAUAUCAACUAGUAUAAUAAAUGCACUCAUAAAAGUUUUUGCAGAGAAAAAAAUGUUCGAGAAUGCACUAGAUGUGUUUGUGCAAGCGAAAAAAUUUGGGCUGGAGCCAACUAUUUUGUCUUGCAAUUUCUUGCUCAAGUGUUGUAUUGAAGCCAAUCAAGUUGAGUUUGUUAGGAGUUUGUUUGAAGAGUUGAAGGAUUUUGGGCCAUCACCUAAUGUUUACACCUAUACUAUUAUGAUGGACUAUUAUUGCAAAGGACAUCUUGGGCAGAAUAUAGAUAUUAAAGAAGCAAGUAAAGUUCUAGAGGAAAUGGAAAAGACUGGGAGAAGCCCAACAGUUGUAACUUAUAGUGUGUAUAUUCAUGGUCUUUGUAGAGCUGGUUGUGUUGAUUCUGCUUCGAAACUUCUCGAGUUUUUGAGAACUGAAAACAAGCCUCUCAACUGUUAUUGUUAUAAUGCUGUCAUCCAUGGGUUUUGCCAGAAAGGUGACCUGUUUGAAGCUUUGAGGCUUUUUGAAGAUAUGAAGAACAAUGGAAUAUCUCCAGAUAUUUAUAGUUACAGCAUUUUGAUUGAUGGGUUUUGCAAGAAUGGGGAUGUAAAAUAUGCUAUUGAUUUGAUAGAAAAAAUGGAUGACUGUGAUGUAAAACCAUCUCUAGUUACCUAUAGCUCUCUCUUUAAUAGUCUCUGUAAGAGUGGACAGACAGAUGAUUCUCUAGAUGUUUUCCGCAAACUUGGUGCUUCGGGUUACAAAUUGGAUGUGAUUUCUUACAACAUCUUAAUGAAUGGGUUUUUAUUGCAAGGUAAUAUGGAAUCUGCCUAUGAACUUAUGGAUGAGAUGACAUUGAAUGGUUUGAUUCCUAAUACUUUCUGUUUUAAUAGGUUGAUUCAUGAGUUCUGCAAAAGGGCGCUCUUAGACAAAGCCUUGGAAGUGUUCAAUCUAAUGCUGCAAGUUGGUGUUCCACCAACCACUUUUACUUGCAAUGUCAUUAUUAAUGAAUAUUGCAGACAAGGAUUCCUCAAGGAUGCUUUGAAAUUUAUGAAUGAAAUGCAAGAUUUUGGAAUUGUAGCAAACUCAUACACGUAUAAUACAGUUAUCAAGUGGUUAUGUAAGGAGCAAAAGUCUGAGAAAGCAUGGGAAGUAUUUCCUGUAAUGAUUAAGAACAAUGUUUUUCCCAGUGAUGUUCAUUGCAGUACCCUAAUGGAUGGAUUUGAUAAACAAUCAAAUGCUGCAAAGGCCUUGCAAUUGUAUGCAAAAAUGCUAAAAGUUGGGAUCUUACCAAGCAUGGUCACAUACACAAUUCUCAUCAACAUAUUCUCCCGCAGGAAUGAAAUGCGCGAAGCUUAUAAUCUGUUUAAGGAGAUGCCUCGAAAGGAUUUGCUUGCUGAUAAGAUUACUUACUCAUGUAUUAUAGCUGGAUUUUGUAGAGAUGGAAAUAUGAAAAAGGCUUGGGCAUUGUAUAAAAAAAUGUUGCAGCAGGGUCAGUCACCCAAUGUUGUUACCUAUACAUGUUUAAUUCAUGGAUUUUGCAAGUUAAAUUGCAUGGAUAUGGCCAGCUUUUUGAUGGAGGAAAUGCAAAGAAACAAUGUGACUCCGGAUGUAGUGACAUACACCAGUCUCAUUUAUGGGUAUCAAAGACUUGGAUAUGUUGAUAAAGCCUCUGCUUUGUUUGAUGAAAUGAAGGAGAAGGGUAUUUUGCUUGAUGAUAUUGCCUAUGCUAGGCUCUUGGUGUAGUUACAACUGUUAGUUGAUGGAGGAAAUAAUCUAAGAGAACCCAAUGAAUGGCUGAAAAACAUGCCAAUUAUGAAGCAGUAGCGGAUGGAGCAAAUGUUGGACUCUUAUCAACAAAACUUUGCAGAAGGUGGAUUCAGCAUUCCUCAGCUUGAUGCUGUUGUGAAAGAGCUGUACGAUCGGAGCGGAAACUGGCCACUUAUAAUCUUCCAUAACAAACGUGUCCGUGCGCUCCUGGAAAUUCUCUCUCAAAGAAAACUGAUUCAGGAGUGGAUAGAAGAAGAAGUUCUUUAAUACAACACCUCAUGGUUCCAAUGAUGAUUGGCUGUACGCUCCUGUAAAGUGGAGGUGCUUGGUUGUUACUAAUGAAUGAUGAGAUGCGGGAUCAUAUCUUUGAACUCUUGGGAAGCAACUUUUUCCUCAAGUGGAAAGAAAGGCAUCAAGUUCGAUAUACCUUUG